ACUUACAUUUGAUUACUAAACCCGGUCCAUUGUAAGCAAAAUAACGCCUACAGUUCGAGUACCCAUUAUCCCGGUUUAGACUUUGGAUAUUGGAUAAUGGAUACCCACUUUCACAACCACACACUCGAAGAACCCUAAACCUAAUCCCCCAAUCAUCUCCGAUUCUCUUCGAUUUCUCCCUGCAUUUCCAUCACAAAAUCCGACUCAUUACUCGUAAGUUCAAUCGCACACAUUCGUUAGCGAUUUCUCUGUUUCGUUUUGUUCAAUUUCAAAAAUCUCAGGUUUUCGCGAUUUUAUUCGUGCACAGUAUUAAGGUAUCACUUGUUAUAUUGAUUGUUACGUAAAACAGAAACACUGUCAAUAUGGGUGAUUGUGAUGACAUGUUAGCCUCUGAGACAGUGGAACACAUGGUUUCUAUCCAUCCACUCGCUGUCUCUCCGCCUCUCUCUAAACCGCGUAGGAAUCGGUCUGAAGCUUGGAAUCACUUUACAAUAGAGUCAGAAACAACAAAGAAAGCUAAAUGCAAUUACUGUGGCUCCUUGAUCAAGUACGAUAAAGGAACAAGUGCCAUGAGAGCUCAUUAUACGAGAUGCAAGGAUAAGGAUGAACCGAAGAAUGAUGUUAUCAAGAGGCAAAAGUCAGUUUCAUCCUCGACGGAAAAUUUGAUGGGAAAUAUUUGUACUUCUCCUUCGACCCCCACGUUUGACCAAGAGGCUAUCCAAAAUGUAGUGGUGAAGAUGUUCAUAGAUAUGGAUAUUCCUUUUGAGCGUGUGGAUCGUGCAGGUUUUCACAAUUUUAUGAGCGUUGUGCUACCAAGAUUUAAGGUCCCAUCAAGCAUUGAAUUAGCUCAUGAUGUUUUGAGACUAUGGGGUACAGAAAAAACAAGGUUGAAGAAGUUUCUUUCUCAACACUGUCAACGAGUUUGCCUCACCAUUGAUGCAUGGACUUCUUCUGAAAACUUUUGUUACAUGUGUUUGACAGCGCAUUUCAUCGACAAUGAUUGGAUGAUGCACAAGAAGGUUUUAAAUUUUUCUCAAGUCACAAGCCACUCUCAAGCGGUUAUGGCUAAGACAGUGGAGCAAUGCUUGAAUGAAUGGGGGAUAAAUUGUGUGCUUAGUUUAACGAACGACAGUGUCUCGCUUAAUGAUGACAAGACUCCGCAUCUGAAAGACAAGCUUGUGUCUCGGAAUAGUUUAGUUCUGAAUGGAGACUACAGUCAUAUGCAUUGUUGUGCGUAUUUUUUGAAUUUGAUUGUGAAAGAAAGUUUAAAGGAGGUUGAUGAUUCUAUUGUGAGAAUUCGUGCUGCCGUAUGGUACAUAAGAUCUUCUCCUUCGAGAUUUUCUAGAUUCAAAGCAUGUAUUGUGCAACAAAACAUUGAAUAUAAAGGUUUCUUUUGUCCAAAUUUUGAAACAAGAUGGGACUCGACAUAUUUAAUGUUAGAUGAGGCAUUGAAACAUCAGAAGACAUUUGAAAAGCUUGAGAUGAAAGAUCUCAAAUAUGUUGACGAGUUAAAAAAGGGGAAAGGUGUCCCUACAAAUGAAGAUUGGGAAAUUGUACGCUCAAUCCUUCCUUUUUUGAAAUUGUUUUAUGACGCCACACUGCGCAUCUCUAGUUCCUCUUGUGUGACUAGCAAUAUGUAUAUGUUUGAGGUCCUUGGUAUUGGAAUUGCAAUUAAGCAAAUGUGCAAUUCUGAAGAUGUAUGUAUAAGUUUAAUGGCCAAAAACAUGAGAAAGAAAUACGAUAAGUUUUGGGGAAAUCCCCGUAGUCUAAACAUGUUGUUGUUGGCCGCUCUCGUAUUAGACCCUAGACACAAAGUGAAAUUUGUAAGUUGGUGUGCCGAUAAAAAUUAUAAUGGCGGGGAAGCAACUUAUUUGAUAGAUAAGUUAAAGUCUUGUUUGAACUCCCUUUUUGAAGAGUAUAAUGGUGGGUUGGAGGUCUCUCACACUAACUCUAAGGAAGACGGUUAUAAUGAUCCAUAUGGCUUCAAUAAAUUUUACCAAUCAAGUGAGUUCAACAAAUCUGAAUCUGAGUUAAGUAAGUACUUAGACGAAGCUUUAGAGAGUUGUGGAGAUUUGGAUGUCCUAAACUGGUGGAAGCUAAACUCAAGCCGAUUUCCGAUCAUUGCAAACAUCGCAAGAGAGGUGUUGGCAAUACCUGUCUCCACCGUGACCUCUGAAUUUGCCUUUACUCUCGGUGGAAGGGUGCUUGAUUCGUAUCGAAGUUCUCUACCGCCAAUAAUAAUGGAAGCUCUUAUUUGCGUCCAAGAUUGGCUUAUGGGAACUUCUUCACCGUUGCAUACGAAUGUGGAAUUUGAGAAUCUUAAAAAGAUUGAGCAAGAACUUGUUUCUUUACAUGAUGUUGCUGGUCUUGGUGAUGAUUGAUGGAGACGAAGCAUAUAAAUGUAGACCCUAUUUAUAACACAGUAUUGACAUUGUAGAGUUAACAACAUCCGAAAAGGUAGAAAAGAAGCCAAUGAUACCGAUAAUUGUUCCAUUUUACGAUGAAGAUAUGUGUAUCCUUAAUGUGAAAAUGAUUUCAAUGCCAAGGAAGGAAGGUUUGAAACAUUUUGAUUCAAUUCAAGGGUUAACCUUCCAUCUUGGAGGAGAAAGAAUGAACUUUAUCACUAAUGAUGAAUAUUUUUGUUUCCAGAAAACUAAAGUAGUGUCUGACUAUUUGCUACUGAGAAAAUGGAUUUCAAUGUAGGUCGGGAAAGAGAAUGUUCUCUUCCAACCACGGAGCACACACAUCAAUAUCACAUUAAAUUUGAUCACGAUAUGAAGCAAAAGUGUUCAGAUAUCUAUAUCUCAAAAGAUAACAGACCUUGCUCCUUGCAAACCAUAAAAAGUACAUAUAAUAUUGAACAUAUGUGAUGAUGAACAUAGGUUGUCUCAACUUGGAUAGAUGUUGUACUUGAUUGGCAUAGUAGAUGUGAAUAAUGGAUUAUAAUGUGUUUAUGAUGAUCCAUUGUUAACUCCA